AUGGGCUCUGUGAUGGUUCUGGGGAGGGGGGGGGUUCAAUGUCCUGUUGUGCAGGACUGGAAGUUUGUGGCUCAGGUACUGGACCGGAUUUUCCUGUGGGCGUUCCUCACCGUGUCCAUACUGGGAACCGUUUUAAUCUUCACCCCCGCUCUGCAGAUGUACCUCAGCACACCCUCCUGA